AUGUGGAGAGUGAAGAGAUCAUCAGCGUUAUUGCCAGACUGGUCUCAGCUCCCUAAAGAGCUACUUGAGAUUAUCACCGACAAUGUGAACUGUUUCGAUAUUGUUCAUGCUCGCUCUGUUUGCACCUCGUGGCGAUCCUCGUUUCCCUUUCCUUCUUGCCUUUUACGCUCCAGUUACUCUCUUCCCACUUUCGAUAAGCUCUCCCUCGAGACAAACGAAGAAGGCACGUACGUCCUCGGGAAGAUCCCUUAUUUCCUCUUCAGAGUCCGAGCUCUUACUGCUGAGUCGCCUUCCGAGUAUUUCUUUGGAGGGAUAGGACGAGAUGAGUCAGAGGAGCUUCCAUGUCCUAUUCAGUGCUCAGUGAAAGUGAAGAUUCAAGGAUCUGACCCAACCUUGAUGAAGAUGAAUGAUUGCCAGAUCUUUCCUCUAGGCCAUCAGUACAAAAUGUUCGGUUGGGAACUUAAAGAUUACAGAGGUGUUGCGUUUCUUCCGCUCUACAAGGAAGGACGUGGAGGAGAAUUCGUUGUGCUUCUCAACUACUAUUAUGGAAAGCUAAUGGUGUUAACAAGUGUGGAAAUGAAGUGGAAACGGUUUGAGAAACUUUCAGAGACUUUAUGCUCGAAUGUGGUCACUUUCAGAGGUCGAUUUUACGUAUCUUUUCUUAGCAGAAGAACCGUUGUUGGUAUCGACCCUCAUUCGCUGGAGGUGACUGACCUGAUGCCCUUACCACAAAGUGGUUUAAACUUUCUGGUUCCAUCUGGCGACGAUGAGCUUUUCCUGGUUGAGGUAAUGGUACCGUCUGGGGACUUCGAUUUUAACCGGUUCACAUGUAACGUUAGUAGGCUAGAUGAGAAGGCUGGUAAAUGGGUCAAGGUCAGUGAUUUGGGAGACCGUGUCUUGGUUAUUGCACGCUUGGGAAAUGUCUCAUUCUCGGCUAAAGAGCUUCCUGAUGGGUGUGGUGUGAGUGGGAACUCAAUUGUGUUCACCAAUUGGCCACAAGAUGUAACAUUAUUCUAUAAAUAUGGACCAUACAAAGGAAGUGCGGAAGAGCUUCCUGAUGGGUAUGGUGUGAAUGGGAACAUCAAGACUGUUUGGAGAACCUCAAGAGAGAAUAGUGGGGUGAUCCUCAACACAUUUCCGGUUGUGGCUCUCCGGGUUGAGCGCUAAACUUGCUUUGGUUACCAAAGACAUUCUCUUGCUUUUGUUUUUUUUUCAUAUCUUAAACAAACUUAUCUUUGAGUUUAGGUUUAGGUUAUGUGAUCUCUGAUGUUAGCCAUUGUUCUGGAUUGUGCAUCUUGUGACAUGGUGAUAUAGAUCACACGAGUCGUCUUAAUAAAUAAAAAAAUGUUUCAAAACUAUUCCUCACAACCUUGCUGUUACCACACACACAGCUUUAUAUGGAAAUAAUCGUCUUAUGAACUCUUUCAAACGUGUCUGGCAGUGUUCUUGACCUAGCAUGUGUUUGAAAAAAUCAGUUUUAGUCCCAAAUCAUAUGAAAACUUUGAACUCCAUCUAACUGAUCAGCAGAAUAUGCACAACGGUGGCUUGUUUGGACUUCCGAGCCACCUUCAUGGCUACAACAAACAUGUAAUAAUUUACAUUGCAUUAUCGUAAGAUGUGUCAUGUCUAUCUCUUAAUUUAUGCCUUGGACUUGGAGACUAAAGUUAAGCAAACAAAACUAAAGUUAAAGACAAGUUUGGUAUGUUUGAGAUUCUGUUUUCGUUACAUUUGUAUGAAGAGUUUAUUUAGUGUUGUUUUACAUUAUAGUCUUUAGAAUAAAUUUUUUACAGAAUAAUAAACACCUAAUAUUAGUUUACUGUAACUUACAAAACAAAAGAUAUUGCAUCAUCAAUAAAUAAAUUAUAUAUGUUUGUCUGUCUUUUUUCAACGAAGUAAAAAACCAGAACAUGUGUAGUUAUAAUGUUUAGGGUUUAGGAUUUACAUAAAAUAAUGAGGAAUCGAAACCAUAUAUGAAUUUAAUGUAAUUCUUAAAUUAUUAUGAUGUUUAGGGUUUCCGUGAGUAAGGUAUUUCACACAUUUUAUAAUUUAUUUAACUGAACAUCCUUUCAACUAUUACAAUAAUUUGUAUCUUCCCAAAUUGUGUUACUAUUUUUUUUUAUCUUAUAUAUGCAAAUCCCCUUAUUAUUAUUUGAAGAGCAUUAUAAAGAACUAACCUUUACUUCAUGUGUUUAUUUCAACAAUGCCAUUUCGUAUGUGGCAGCUCCACAAGCUCUCUCACAUGAUAUAUGCAAGAACCCUUAGUUAACUAGAUUAAUUACGAUAUUUGCUAUUGCUCAUUACAUUACAAAAACGAGAUAUACUAUUAGAUUCGUGACUAAAAAAAUAAAUAACCUUACCACCCUAACAUUUAAUGCUUAAACGUUGACUAACAAAAUGCAUACCUACAUGGAAACUACAUACGCUUUCAUUGUUUAAACGUAAGCAGCUUUGAAUAUACGCAACUAUUUCAUUACGGGAUAAGCAGAGAUUCUUCAUAGUUUAUUUCAUUAUCAUGCAUCAUAUAGCAUUUUCUAUAUAGGUAGCCAACAUAUAUAUAUAUUAUUUUUGGAACAUUUUUUACUACAUAUAUAUAAAUUCAAUAUAAAUUUCUUAAUCGCAAAAUCACAUUUUUAUAUGACUAAUUUAAGAAUUUUUAUAUGAGAAAGUUCAAGAACUUUUUUAAUACGUCCCCAUUUUUAAUACGUCCAAUAUAUUUUUUCAGAGGUCGAUUACAAUUUCAAAUAUUCGUACACGUUAACCAUGAUUUAUCAUUUCCAUAAUUAUAAAUGUAAUAUACCAUUGGAGAUCGUUUUAUUAUAGUUUUGUGUCAAUACUGAGCAUCAAAGGCACGCUACUUAAAUACGUUGAUACGUUAUUUGCCAUAAUUCCUGAAUCAAAUGUGAACUGUCGAUCACGGAUGAAAUAAAUUAUUGCCAAUCACCGAGAAUUACGUGACAACACAUGAUGGAUGUGAAAAGAGGAGCUUUCUAUAUAUGGCCUUUGACGGAUAUGUUUUCUUUGCUGAUUGAUACGAUAUCAUCACGACAAAGUGAAAACAAAUAUGUAAUCGUCCAUAUUUCAUUCUUACUCUUAAUUGUUCUGACCAGAUCGAAUGUAGCAUUCCUAUUUUACUUUAGCAAACAUAUCCCACUGCUAUGUAACAUGGCAAGUAAUAUAUUCGCGCCUUAUUUUGAAUACUGAAAUAUCAUUUCGUAAUUAAUGAUAUCACGCAUAGCCUAUAUCUAGGAGCCUUUCAUAUAUAAAUACUAGAGGUGUUAUUCUACAUCUCCUCACAAUUGUCUCCUUCUCAAAACACUUUUAGCUUUACAUUCUAGUAAUCACAACAAUUGUUUUAACUCCGUUGCCGACUUAAAACCCUUUAAAUGUAUGUGGAGAGUGAAGGUGAGUAUUGUUCGAUUGUGGAAGCAAUACUUUAUAACAUAUAAUAUUUUUCUAUGACUUUUAAUUUUAUAAUAUCUACAAAUUCAGUGAUAAUAUCUUUAAAUCUACUCUCACUCUGCACAGGACCUAGUCUUAUAAUAAAUGUGGAAGCUCAUUUGAUCCAAUUACGGACCAAUUUUUAUUUCUUAUUUUACAUUAAGGUUUUGAGAUUGGAUACCACAUGACACUAAUUUUGCAAAUUAAUAAAAUGAUUGAUAUAAAUUUUCAAUAUGAUAUAAAUACAGUUGUUCAUUACAUAAAGUUUGUGAGAUAAAAAUAGAGAUGCUUAUUGUAUAUAUAAUACAACCAGAAAAAAUUGUCAUUAUUUUUUUAUGACUUAUUCUUAGGUUCACCCCCUAAGGUGAACCUCUAGGUUCACCAACCAAUAGGAUUGUGUUAUUUCAUAUUCAAAUUUUUUUUAAAAAGGAAACAAAAUAUUUUCUCAAGCUAUAAGUUAUAUUAUAUUUUUAAAAUAAAAAGGUA